UGCAGGCGCAUUAGUGAACUUGGAAUGUCGGAACCACACCGACAGGAUGAUAACCUCAAUCACCAAAGAUGUCGUAACCGAUGACACCAGAGCAUACAAGAUCGAGGUGGAAGGCGAUCACUCGGAAGAGAUCUGUGAGGUGAGUCUAUUCAAGAGUCCAAGGGAUGAUUGUCAUGAUCCUACCGAAGCAUGGAGGAAAUCCAGGGUGGUUUUAACGUCGAAAGAUGGCGUCGAAGGCGUCCAACGGUUCGUCAACAAUCUCAGGUUCAAGAAGUGGGAGCCUCUCCCAGAAUGUACUCAAGUUCUUAAGGAGAUGGGAUAUUAUGAACUUGAAGGAGAAGAAGGUCAUUCCUAUAUCCCUUGAUCAUACUUCCACCAAACUUUUGACAUUGUAAUAGAAAUGUAGUAAAUUAAUUUUAAUAAUUCU